UCCAUUGCCAUCCAUGGCUGCGGACUUGCAGUCCAACUCCCCUAUAUAUACUGCACCCACCGACACCAAUCUCCAUCCAUUCACUCCCAUUCCAUCUUCGCCCUCCCCUGUCCUCUCCUCUCCUCGCUUAGCUUUCUUCCUCCCUUGUAGCUCUAGUGUCCUUGUUGCGGGUAGCCAUGGCGGCCCCAAUGUUGAACCAGCCCAACAGCCUCCUUGCCAACAUGUUCGCUGCGGGUUUGCUGGACGAUCAGUUCCAGGAGCUGCAGAUGCUCCAGGAAGGGAGCGCCCCAGACUUCAUCGUCAAGGUUGUCACGCUCUUCUGCGAGGACGGCGAGCGUAUCAUCGGCGAGAUUGCCAAGCUGCUGGACAAGCCAUGUGUGGACUAUGACAAGGUGGGUGGUUUUGUGCGUCAGCUCAAGGGAAGCAGUGCAAGUAUUGGUGCUCUGAGAGUUAAGAACAGUUGCAUUCAGUUCCAUCAGUGCUGUCAGGAGAAGAGCAAAGAUGGGUGCGUGAACUCACUGGAUUCUGUGAGGAACGAUUUCUAUGAUCUGUGCAGCAUGUUCAAACUACAUGCUUCAGCCGGGCCAGCAGGUGCAGGCCUUCCUAAACAGUAGACUUGAGCGAUAAAGCUGGAGCUGCAUGUUCUGAUGGUACAACACCUUUGAAGUCGUAGAACAUGCUCAACCUUGCUUAUAUAGCUUGGAGUCAUUUGCUUAUGUGGGGUCUGUAGCUGCCUAGUGGCAAGAUAAUCAUCUACUAGUAUCGAUGUCUUUGUUCUGAGUGGUCAAAUAAAAAAGUUCAGUUGUGGUCGUUUUGCGGAUUAUUGGUGUCUUGGUUCUAGUCGGUUUGUAGAAAUGCAGCCGCAGUGUAAUCUUUACAAUAUUGUUUCUCGUUGAUCCGUGUAUCGACUGUGGUGGUAUAUUGUUGAGAACAUAUUUUAUCUAUCUAUUUUAUAUUAUAUUAUUAA